GGCCCGGAAGUGCCGGCGCUGCCGCAUCAUGGCGGCGGGGCUGUGGCCGGUGCUGUGGCAGGAGCUGAGCGGGCUGGGCCGGGAGCUGGCGGCCGAGUGGGCGGCGCAGGACGUGCGGGCCGCGCUGUGCCAGCUGCUGCUGCUCUGGCUGGGCCUCAGCCUGCUGGGCAUCCACCUGGCUUGGCGCGCCUACGGCGAGGUGAUCGCCGAGCUCUGCUACCGGACGAGACCCGACGCCCGCCGGACCCCCGGCCCCGGCCCCCCCUCCGGCCCCGGCCCCGCCAGGCCCCGCGCGCACUCCCUCUCCCCCGCUGGCCCGGCCGGACGCAACGGCACCGCUCAGCGGCACUGCCUGCCCCUGGACAGCUCAGCGGCGGAGCCGGCAAAGACACACCGGGAGUGAGGAGCUCCAGGACCGCUGGGCACAUCCUGCACCAUUGCAGCGCUGUGCCCCAUCUGCUCCCCCUUCCUUUGGCACCUGUUGGGCACGUCCUGCACCAUUAAAGUGCUGUGCCUCACCUCCCACC